AACUAUCAUUUGCCGCACGUGGAACAUAAUUCACAGCAUCUAAGGACAAAAUCAAAGAAAAUGUGAAUGGAAUGUGUACAUUUUCCGCCCUCUCUAACCCCUCCCAAAGCAGUGCACCGCUGCUGGCACUCUGACGGGAGUGAUCCGCCUCGAGCACAGCACACUGCUAGUUGGCAAAGGAGUGGCGGCGGGAGCUCGCGCCGCUCUGAACGCGAGACUGUCGCUGACCUUGGUGCUGAAAGCUUGUCACCUCCUUAAACUGUCACUUUGCACCUUAAAAAGUGACAUUACGAGACAGGAAACAGGACCAGUUUUUCUUUUUCCCUCUUAUUUGAUUAUACAUAUUUGUUUUAAUCCGUUUUUUUUUUUGUUUUUUUUCCAACUCGUUUUGAAGCGAACAUUAAUUUGUUUACUCAAAUCUGAGAUGGCAUCGCGUGCCCUUAUCGCGCGCAGGGCAGUUUUUGAGUUUAUAAUUAUGAGUAGACAGAGUCAGACCACUUCUGAUAUCUCUCUUGUGUAGGCGGAUUUUUUCUCUUCGCCCUGUGAACACCGUCGUGAAUUUUCCUCAUCCGUCUUACUGAAUCAUUGAUCCGCUGGGUAUCGGUCCGGUAUGCUCUGUCAUCACACACUGUGACAUGGUACUUUAACAUUACCGGGAAAAAACGAGGGAUUAUCACAUUUGGACAUGGAGACUCAGAAGGAGCCUGGUUUUAUGCCCAGCAAAGAGGGGCUGAAGCAACUAGCAGGGAAGACACUGGGGCACGUUUACAAAGUGCUAGAAAGGAGGCAAAAACCUGGCGACAACAUUGAAUUGACCGAGGAUGGACGGCCUACACAGACCAGCGAGAAAAAGCCACCUUUGUGCGACUGCACGUGCUUUGGACUUCCGCGCCGCUACAUCAUCGCCAUAAUGAGCGGCCUCGGGUUCUGCAUCUCCUUCGGUAUUCGGUGCAACUUAGGCGUGGCAAUAGUGAGCAUGGUGAACAACAGCACCAUUCACCUGAACGGAAAGAUCGUCAUCAAAGAGAAGGCAAAGUUCAACUGGGACCCGGAAACAGUUGGAAUGAUUCAUGGCUCGUUUUUCUGGGGUUAUAUUGUGACACAAAUUCCCGGAGGAUACAUUUCCUCUAGACUGGCGGCAAACAGGGUAUUUGGCGCAGCCAUUCUCCUCACGUCCACACUGAAUAUGUUCAUCCCCUCAGCUGCACGUGUUCACUAUGGUUGCGUCAUAUUCGUCAGGAUAUUACAAGGGCUUGUAGAGGGUGUGACCUACCCAGCCUGUCAUGGGAUCUGGAGUAAAUGGGCCCCUCCACUGGAAAGAAGCCGUCUAGCCACAACCUCUUUCUGUGGUUCCUAUGCUGGAGCUGUCAUUGCCAUGCCUCUAGCUGGGAUCCUGGUGCAGUACACUGGCUGGUCAUCUGUUUUCUAUGUCUAUGGGUGUUUUGGGAUAUUCUGGUAUAUGUUCUGGAUCUUGGUGUCAUAUGAGAGCCCAGCUGUACAUCCCACCAUCACUGCUGAAGAACGCUGCUUCAUUGAGGAGAGCAUCGGAGAGAGCGCUAAGCUGCUAGGUCCUGCAGAAAAAUACAAGACACCUUGGAAGAAAUUUUUCACAUCCAUGCCUGUCUAUGCAAUCAUUGUGGCCAACUUCUGCAGGAGUUGGACCUUCUACUUGCUGCUCAUCAGCCAGCCUGCAUACUUCGAGGAAGUGUUUGGCUUUGAGAUUAGCAAGGUUGGCAUGCUGUCAGCCCUGCCCCAUCUGGUGAUGACCAUUAUAGUACCCAUAGGGGGACAGAUAGCUGAUUACCUGCGCAGCAAAAACAUCCUGUCUACUACCACAGUUCGGAAGAUCAUGAACUGCGGAGGCUUUGGUAUGGAGGCCACUCUAUUAUUGGUCGUUGGUUACUCUCACAGUAAAGGGAUGGCCAUUUCAUUCCUUGUGUUGGCUGUCGGCUUCAGUGGAUUUGCAAUAUCAGGUUUUAAUGUCAAUCAUUUAGACAUUGCUCCUCGCUAUGCCAGUAUCCUCAUGGGAAUCUCUAAUGGAGUGGGAACUCUGUCAGGAAUGGUGUGUCCUAUUAUAGUGGGUGCCAUGACCAAACACAAGACCCGCGAAGAGUGGCAGUAUGUGUUCCUUAUCGCUGCCCUGGUGCAUUAUGGCGGUGUAAUCUUCUAUGGCAUCUUCGCCUCGGGGGAGAAGCAGCCGUGGGCAGAUCCAGAGCUAACCAGUGACGAGAAGUGUGGCUUCAUUGAUGAAGAUGAGCUGGCUGAGGAAACGGGGGACAUCACCCAGAGCUACGGUGCCCUGGGAGGUCCAGCCAAGACCUACGGUGCCACCACGCAGUUGAACGGAGGAUGGGCAGAAGGAUGGGAUAAACGAGAGGUGUUUGUACAGGAAGGUGUGGAAGAAGAGGGUUACGGAUACAGGCAGGGUGGGGAUUACUCCUAGACCUUGCAAAUACACACGAUCACACACACGCACAUAAACAUACAGUGGCGGAAAAAAGUAUUUGGAUACACUUGGACACAAGUCACAGUUGAAAACAUGAAAAUUUCAUUGCAUUAAAUAACAAGAUAUCGAAGUGCAAUCUGCGACAAAUCACCUUUUCUUUAGUGGAUGUAUGAAGUGUCUAUUUGAAGUGUCUUCAUUUUUAAAUGAAAAAAAAAAAUGUAUAUGUAUGUAGUUACAUAUAAAUAAUGUAUAUGAUAUAUUGUUAUAUCAUCAAACCUAACAAACUUGUUUUUGUAAGAUGUUUAGCUUUAAAAAAUGAGAUUUUUGUUAUCUAAUCUAAUGUAAUGACAUUUAUACAUUUUAACUAUGACUUAAACGUCCAGAUACUUUUUGAGCCACUCUACAUACAGCACAGUAUAAAAAUAUAUGCCCACACUGUAGAUUUUGUAGUGUCUGUGAGUUCUGAAAAAAAAAAAAAAUUAUCGAUUAACGUGUACAAAACCCUAAAAAUUGUUGUACGUUUGCACAAAUUUAAAUGAUCAAAUCUAACAUUUAAAUAUGGAUUUAAAUGUGUCAAUUAUACAAAGGAGAUAUUACAUAUCAAAAUUGGCUAACUUUAAAUGUUCUAUGUAUUAAAAAAGAGUAACUUCAAUUCAAGUGCAAUCACACGUUUUUCACCUCAUUAUUCUGAGCCUUUGCAACAUACAGUUAGUCAGGCAACUGGCUUCCAGAACUAAGGCUCAGAUAAUGAACCUGUCUGGAGUCAUCCAUGGAGAAAUACUGCUGUAGAGAAUUCCAACCAAGCAACUGGUUUCCACUGUCUUUUUUCUGAUUGCACUGAGAGAGCUGUACAAUGUCAUUUAACAGCACAACAAAGCGAGUUUGUUUAUAACUCAUGAUGUUUUACUUGUCCAUCGUAUAAGUCGUGUUUCUGAGAGAUUAAAGAGGACUUUGGUCUUUGACACUGCAGAUAAAAAAGCACAGUUUUUAUUAGAUGAUGACAUAAAAGCAACAAAACAAUGUUUCUCAAGCUCAGCAGGUUGUUUCAAUUGGAUGGUGCUGUUGAAUUUGGUGUUUGCUGUAAUAGAUUGGAAUUUAGAUAAUUGGAAAUGCCUGGGAACAUUAUUGCAAAAGCACAGAGUGUCAAAGCUACAGACUCUUUAAAUUCCAUUCUUUUAACUCCAUGCCAUUUUGACAUCUGUGAAUGUUAGUUAUGCAUGGGUUAAAAUUGUUUUUGUUUUUAUAAAUGUUGUCUUUUUUAUUAUUUUACUAUAACUAUGUUCUUUUACUUCACUAAACUGUUACUGAUAUGUCCAUUUCUUUGCACAAUUAACCAAAGGUAACCUGUAGUAUGGGAUUUUAGCUGGGAUGGGGGUAAAAAGUGUCCAUUGGGAAAACAAGGGAGAACCUGUGUAAGGGCUGAUACAGUCCUAGCAGCAGGUAAUAACCAUAUUCAAUGUACAAAGCAAUAAAGCCAUGGUAACAGUUACUUAGUCACUUCAUCCAAAAAUAUGAAACACGUUAGCACAUUUAACUGUAAUCAUUUUGGUUUAAAUGUUUUGUGAUGACAAUUUAAAAAAAAAAAAAGAGAAAAGAUUCAACAAUUACUUACUGUUAAAGUAUAUAAAUAUAUAUAUAUAUGAAAAUAUAUUUAGAUUUAGUAAGAGUCCAGUGCAACUCUCUUUGCUGUGAAGAGUUUGUGUGCUGGACCCACUCACCAGAAGAGAAUGAUUCUUAAGUGUCACCUGCAGCUGCUUCCCGUGUGAAACUCUUACCGGGGUCCUCAGCUCCGCAGGUGGCCGCACCUCUGUAGUCGUCCUGUAUGGUUGCCAGUGGUUGCUUUUUGAGAGUAUGUUGUUGUCGGGUAUCUUUUACGUUAAUCCUCUCUUUUUGUCCUUCCCCAUUGUUUCUGGUCUGUAUUUUGUCUGUGGCUAUAGAAGCGCUUCCUUGCUCCCCUCUUUCCUCUUUUCUCCUUGCAUUUUCCCACUACUGUUGCAAUAUUCAGUGACACAAGGAUUGUGUGUAAAGGUAUUCAAAUAUCUUCAAAAAUGACAGUAAUUUGCCUGAUGAUGUUGAGGUACCUUAUUCUUGUUUCCUGCCUAUGAGUGAAGUGUGAAUAUAUGGCUUCCUUUUGCUGUCUUACUGUAAAUGGAGAGGUUUGUUGAUGUGAAAUUGAAAUGCUCUAUAUAGCCUUUUUUAUAUAAAAUUAUAACAAAAUUGUA